AUGAAUUCUCCAAGGACUGGCACGGCCAGUGAGUUCAAGCUUGCGCCCGGGCUUCGAUAUGAGCACUCUGCUGAAGAGGACGCCGUCAUUCACCUGCAUCAGCUAUGUAGCCCCUGCGCCAAGUUUACCACCACAAGUCCCCUUCUUCGGACUCUCGCUCGGCGGGGCCGCAUCAGGAUCCUUGCCUCUGAGAUUGCCCAUGUUGGAACGCCUUUAGAAUUGAAAGCCGGUUACUCGAGCGGUUGCCAUCUAUGUGCACUUUUGUGGGACCGCGUUGCAGCACAUUUGUUGGAUCCGGCAAGAUCAGCAAGAUCCAUGGAUUACAGCACUCCAGUAGCAGUGAUACUCGAGGCCCGCGAUGAUGAGAAGGAGUAUGCUAUUGAGGUCCAAAAGGGAACGGACUGGAAAAAGAAAGCUUGGUGGGCAGUGGCCCCCCUGCCUUACUUGCCAGACAAGGGCUACAUCAAAUUGAAGACUACAGCCUUGGGCAGCGAAAUAGCCAGUUAUUUAUACAUUCAUCGACGUGCGAGUCCAGACUUGAACAUCGACUCCCUUCGCCAUAACUCAGUUUCGCUCUCUUCGCGCAAUAACGUCAAUUUUGAAGCGAUCAAGAAGUGGCAAAUAGGUUGUACUGAGCACCAUUCUGCAUGUCGCCAAUUUCCGAGCGUUGUUUCCCCGACAAAUCAGGCACCCUCAAGGUUACUAAACGUCAGUGGAGAAAACGUGCGUCUUGAAUGUGAUGUCGGAGUCACGACACCUGGGCUGGAAUACACAACUCUCAGUCACAUGUGGGGACCCGAUCCCUCUUUGUGCCCACAGUUGCUGGUGUCGACCAUCGAUUCGUUCAUGCUGAGUAUUUCCAUGCACGAUCUACCUAAGAAAUAUGUUGAUGCCAUUGAAGUCACACGGGCCUUGGGGUUCCAAUACAUUCGGAUAGACUCUCUCUGCAUCAUCCAAGACUCAAAGGAAGACUGGCAAAGAGAAGCCGUCAAGAUGGCGGCAGUAGUCGUCAAACAAUCAUCUGCGGGAUCCCAGGGUACAUUUGCCUUAUCAUACCCGUCUACCCUUCCGUGUGGCCACUCCUUUCGAGAGGAUGGGUUUUCCAAGAACGACUUCUUUGUCCCCGGACAGUAUAUUACGGCCAAGAUCGACUGA